AUGCGGUCCUUCAUUGCCCUCCUUACCCCCGUCCUCGCCGUGGCUAAGCCCAUCGGCAUCAUUGGCAACGACGACACCCCGAAGCUAGACGAGAUCUCCAUCAUCAGCGCGUCCGCUAGCGGGAACGGGUGCCCGCAGGGUACUGUGACGACCGAUCUGGCUCCAGAUCGAAAUGUCAUCACCUUCGGCUUCGACGCCUUCCAGGUGUACACGGGCCCCGGCACCACGCCGUCGGACAAGUCCAAGAACUGCCAGCUGCACCUCAACCUCAAGUACCCCGGCGGCUUCCAGUUCGCCAUCGUCGAGUCCACCUACCACGGCUAUGCCCAGCUGGAGGCGGGCGUGACGGGUACCUUCUACUCGACUUAUUACUUCUCGCAGGAUGCGGCUGCUACUACCACAACCCGCACCUCCAUCGACGGCGGCGGCCUCUGGGUCGACGGCCAGGUGUACACGAAGCAGGACCAGGUGCCGACCGCGUCCGUCAUCUGGUCGCCCUGCGGCGCCUCGGGCAUCCUCAACGUCAACAACCGCAUCGCGCUGACGUCGAGCAACGCCAGCGCGUCCGGCCAGAUCUCAGACGACGACGCCACUGUAGCGUUCACCCAGCAGGUCCAUGUUAGCUGGCAGCCAUGCAAGGCGUAGGGGGUGAGGGGGGGUGCUGCGGAUGGAUCACGUCUAGGUGUCCGAUUAUCUACCUACACCAUCUACUUGACCGAGUAUGGAUGCUUGCCGAAAGGUUUAGUAGGGUACUGGGUUAAGUAAGGGGGUGACCAGAUACGAAAGAGGCGGUUUGGGUACAACGGGACAAGGGGAUUUUAAGAAGGGCCAGCAAAGGAAAACCGAAGACUUUUUUAUUAUUACCUGAAAGCGAC